AUCGGAGAAACUUUUAAGUUAUGUUAUUAAUUAAUCGCAUAGUCUAAUAGUUAUAGUUACUGAUCUAGAGGAAUCGCGAGAACUAGGUACCUAUGCAAUCUCUUUUCAGCAUGCUUAGAUUUAUGCUAUACCUAGACUGGAAUCACGUAUCGCAAUAGGUAUACCUAGUUCACAUGCUUGUUUAUUGUUUUGGUAAGCACUCGCUUAAGUACAGCACGCGAUAAGGUAGUUAUACAGUUGUUCCCAACAUAUUCUCAAAGUUACAAGUACCUAAUCAAAAGUUCAAAAUAUGAUUAAAAUUUUAAUGAAUUUUGCGUUGAAUUUUAUGUUUGUUAUGUCUGACUAUAUAAACCAAUGUACCGAAGUGACCAGCAUGAAGAGCACGGAGCAGGUGCUUGACUAUUUUGCAAACAAAGUGGUGCCAAAGCUUGAAGGACUGCGCAAGGGAGAAGCAGGGACGAUCGGGGUCAUUGGGGGCUCUGAAGAACAUACCGGGGCUCCAUACUUUGCUGGUAUCGCUGCAUUGAGGGCCGGUGCAGACCUCGUCUAUGUACUGACGACGGCCAGCGCGGCGCCCGUGGUGCAGGCGUACAGCCCCGACCUAAUCGUGCACCCCUCUCUGUCUUUGGCAGCAUUCCCCGCUAUUGAGCGCCUUUUACGAAAGGCAGACGUGCUAGUUAUCGGACCCGGCCUUGGCAGAAAACCGGAGAUAGAAACUCUCACAAACAAAAUAAUACGAUCCUGCAAGUCAUUAAAGAAACCUUUAGUCAUCGAUGACGAUGGUCUUUACUUCGUGUCCAAGGACCUCAACUUGAUCAAGGACUACCCAAGUCCCGGCGUGAUCCUUACCCCGAACUACUUGGAAGAGCAGAUGCUAAAAGAUGCGGUUGAAAAGAGCUUUGUACCUAUAAUCGGUAAUAAGACCUGGCACUCUUAUUGGGGUCCUAGUGUUGCAGUUUUGGCUAAAGGGCCGGUGGACAAGUUUUACGGAAGCGUUACUUUCGAGGUUCCUGGUGGGUCGGGGCGCAGGCCGGGUGGGCAGGGGGACCUCCAAGCGGGUAUCCUUGCGACGUUCUUCGGCUGGGCAGUGAAGGCCAAUGCCUGUUCCAGUAUCCCCUCAAUGGCGGCCUCCAUACUGACCAGGAGCUGCAAUACACUCGCAUUCCAAGUUAAUGGUCGUAGUAUGACGGCCUCAGACAUGGUGCGGUUCAUAAUGGUGAAAUUGUAAUUUAUUUAAGUACCUAAUUACUUAAUUAUAAAUGUAAGCUCAUAAGUUAGGUA